UACAUUGAAAACUUAACUAUUUUCGGGGAUGUUUCAUCACAAUAUUUAAAUGUUGAAGUCUAAUGGCUUCGCUAAUUAUGAAGAUUUAGGAAGAACGGCGGCGGCUUGUCAUGCUGAGGUAUCGAUUCGGCGUCGUACUUUGGUGUCAGACAACUGAAUACAAAAAAAUUUUCCUUGUUUUUACGUUCAGUGAAUUUUGUCAAAAAUAUAUAGUUUUGCAAAUAUAAUUACUAUCCCAUUGUAUUUAUCAAAAUGCGGGAAAAGGGAUUUUAUGAAUCUCACUAAAAUGUUGCGCUGCUAAUGGUGCAGUUCAACAAAGAAUUAAGUCAAGGCAAAGCGUGAAGUUUGAGAAUAUAACGACAAUAAAGGAAGAAAUAAAGAUUAGAGCAAAAUGAUGUUCUCGUCGAUAAAUAAUUCGUUCGAACAGGAUACCCAUGACACCGAUGGUAAUUGUGAUGGCCCCGAUUUGGAUUUUAUAUAUGCCGAUGUUGACACUUACCAAAAUGAGAUUGCCGAAUUGUAUAGCUAUACAGAGUUCAAUGAGUUCCAGCAAAACGUCAAAGCUUUUGAGGACCAGAUGGACAUGUACAAUUUGCCUCCGAAUUGGCAAAAGUUGGAUGCAUCAAGUCAGAGGGGCAUCAUCAUGAAGCUCAUCGAUCAGCUAGAGGUGUCCAACCGUGAAUUUCGUAUGCAGGCUGCCCGAUGCAUUUUGUACUUGGCUCAAGGCUGUUGGGCGGAAAUUCAAUCGGACGAAGAGCAGCAGCAAAAUACACGUGAUAACGUUAUAGUCUUAUACAAUUUGGGAAUCUUCUCAUCAUUUGUAGACCUUCUUAAUAUGGAAAUAGAGAGUGCUUGCUCGCCAGACAUAGUUGCUGUAAAGAUCACAAACGUGACGUUGGGUGACUCAGCCGAUUUGAGGGUUAUUUUGUCAGUGCUAUACAUUAUUACUGAAACUAUACGAGAUGAAAAAGAGAAAAAUAGCGAAGAUUAUCGUAAAAUAGCGGAAGGGUUCGUACAGGACUUGAACAGCCCUUUGCCGGAUGGAGAACUGUUAGCAGUAAAGCUACUGGGAAUGAUAACACGAUUUUGCAGUGGUGCCGCACCACAUUUUCCUAUGAAGAAAGUUGUCCUUCUUCUAUGGAAAAUAUCACUUUUAGGUCUUGGAGGUAUGAGUGUCCUUAAGAACUUGAAAAACGAGUACCGCGAAAAAGCUGGUCUAGAGCCAGUAACAGAGGACACCUUAGAAGUGACGAAGUGCAUGCGUGCUAGUUCGCCGCCAGUUACAGCCGCUGACUAUCUUGAUAACCAGAAUUUAAAGCGCAAUGCUUUCCGUCGUUCGCUAAUGAAACAACGAUUUUUAGACGAACAAGAGCAGAUGGACAUGGAGCUAACUCCUGGCAAUGAAAGCGCCCCAAAUGGAGGGGGAAAUGGUGGUGGCGGCAACGGCACCAACCAAAAUGGUGAAGAUGAAUAUUACAGGCCUUUUGAAGAUCCCUCCAAUGGCGCCUCUUCUUCUACAAUAACCACAGCAAAUCCAAACAAUCUGCCAUGUUAUAACGCCCAGCCUCCUGCUGUACAACCCGCACCAAUGACAACGUGUUUACCCUGGACUCCUAAAGUUCGCCAAAAGGAUAUUGAUCAGUUCUUAGAUAUCUCUCGGAAUAAAUUCAUUGGUUAUUCGUUAAUUGACGACCACGAAAGCUUGGCGGGCCUACCACAGCCAAUACACGAAGGUGUUCAAACGCUGAAGCGGCACAUGUAUAUCAGUUUGGCCGAUAUACAGAUUAAGAAGGAAGAAGAAAUCGCUCGUAAUCCAAUUUCUACACAAGAAGAUGAAGUAGUAUUGACACCAGCCGAGGUAUUAUAUCAAGCAAUUCUACCAAAUUUGCCGCAAUAUAUGAUUGCUUUGCUAAAGGUGCUGCUGGCAGCUUCUCCAACUUCUAAAUCCAAAACGGAAAGCAUUAACAUAAUGGCAGAUGUGCUGCCCAAAAAAAUGCCCCUCACGGCCACGCAGUCGACAAAAUUGACUGUCGACAUGGGCCGCCACAAGGAAAUAAUUGUUAAAGCUGUUUCCGCCAUAGUAUUGCUUUACUUAAAACAUUUCAAACUCAAUCAUGUCUACCAAUUUGAAUUCAUGUCCCAGCAUUUGGUAUUUGCCAACUGCAUCCCUUUGGUGCUGAAGUUCUUUAACCAAAACAUCACAGAGUACGUGAGUAUGAAGAACACCAUACCCCUUCUCGAUUUUCCGUCGUGUGUGAUUGGAGAGCAACCAGAUUUGUCGGCAGAAAGUUUUGUUUUCAGUGCGGAUGUCACUGACAAGCCCUACUCGUGGCGUAAUGUAUUCUCGUGCAUUAAUCUGCUGCGCAUUCUAAACAAGCUAAUCAAAUGGAAACAUUCACGUGUUAUGAUGCUUGUUGUGUUUAAAUCGGCACCCAUUCUUAAGAAGACGCUUAAAGUACGCCACGCCAUGAUGCAAUUGUACGUACUAAAAUUGCUUAAAAUGCAAACAAAGUAUUUGGGGCGACAGUGGCGUAAAUCGAAUAUGAAAACAAUGAGUGCCAUUUAUUCAAAAGUUCGACACCGUCUCAAUGAUGAUUGGGCAUUCGGAAAUGAUUUAGAAUCUCGUCCUUGGGACUUUCAAGCUGAAGAAUGUACACUGCGUGCUUGCGUCGAUCGUUUCAAUUUGAGGCGGUAUCCUGAAGCCACCCAGAAAUGCGGGUCGGGAACAAAUAAUGGAAAUGCGUGCAAUAAUGCAGACAACACUUCAUCGGGAAAUAUUGCGGGUGCUAAUGUUGACGGUAAUGUUGGGACAGCAGGUGCAGGGGCAGUUUAUGCAUCUGCAAAUGCAGGAAACGGCAUUAACACAGGCGUUUGCAGUCAACUGCAAGACUAUGGCAUUGAAGGAGGUUUCCCAAGCGAUGAAAUAUUAACACAUUCAGAUUUUGCAUUCUUUGGUCACUCUGGAUGGUGGGAUCGCAAAGUCGAAUUAACCGAUUAUUUCAAAGCAAAUUACUCGACAUGGUUGGAAGAGGAAGUCUAUAAUAAUCAGACCGAUUGGGAUGCCCUCUAGGAGUCUUGUGUAAAUGUAUGCUGUACAGCAUAUUGCAGCCGUUCGCAUAUUCUUACUUCAAUGAAACUAUAACGACCCAUAUUUAGCAGCAGCAAUAAAUGUUUGAUUAAAAUGAAACAAGUGGAUUAUACUCGUAGCGUAAUCUGGAUAGAAAGAAUAUUUUUAUAAACAAAAUCAAAACUAAACAACAGCCAUCAAAGGAAACGCCAAUAACUUAUCCGUGACCAAAUACACCAACAUACCAAGAUAACAUAUAACAAGAUUUGGUUCCACAAGAUCUUUGUAAAUUGCAAUCGAAUCUUUUUUCAAGGAAACGUUACGGAAUUUGAAGGCGAAGCACUCAUCCGACGACGGUCGCCACAAGAUGGUACAGGUGAUGCUUGGAAAACAGUUGCUUGUAAUUUAUAAUUAAUUUGCUUUUUGUUUAGCAUCGAUGAUUGAAUUGAAAAAUUAAAUAUUUGUAUUUUUUGUGUGUGUAGUAAAUAUGGUUUCCCCUUUAUUUAAAAAUAACCAUUUACUGUUCUCAACAUUUAAUUAAUAUUAUUUGCUUGUCAAAACUCCUGUCCAGUUCGCAAUCAAUAUUAUGUUUCAUUAUAAACCAAUUCAAACCCAUUUAAAGUGUAGGAAAGUUAAUGAGGAUAAAUCUCCGCAAUCAAUUAGAUCACUUUUCAUCAUAUAUUAGUGGUUGAUAAGUGUUGGCAAGUCGGAUGCGCGGUAAAUGUGGCACAUAAUUAGUACAUGUUUUGAAAAACACACCAAAUUAUUGAAACUUAACACAAAAUACAUAUAAUGUAAUUACUAAGGCAAUACAUACCAAUGUAAAAAGAACUGUGUUUCAAUAAAAUGGCAUAUAGUAAUAAAAAAAAAAUAUACCUACCA